GAGAAAAAACACUAUUCACACGCUUCUUGUUUUCCCUGAUACCCUCUCUAGAUUCGUUUGCAAACACUCUCUAGAUUCGUUUACUACCCUGGUGAAGCACUACAGCCUCCUGGUUCUCCCUCAAAAUGGCGUUUCCCAGUUAUAUUAUCGGCGAGAGGAGGGGUGAGGGAAUGAAGAUUAGACACCACACUGAGGGAAACUGGUCGGGAAGAUAGAGAGAGGAACACAACAAGAGGCUCGAUCGCUAAGCUCUACUUUCGCUCGAUUGCGGAGACUGUUUCCUCUCGCUCGAUCAUUCCGUCGUUGUUAUCCACUAGCAGAAUUUUCUUAAUAUUUUCGAUCAAUUGCUCGUUCUUUUUCCCCAGAUUCUCGACGAGCUCUAAAUGUUACUGUGAGUGCUCUUUGGGGGUAUUCCGGUGGCGAAAAGAUGUUUCUUUCUGCAUCAAACAUGAAGCCUUACCUAUAUCCUUGUCCAUCUCUUUGUCUUAAAGAGAAACAUCAGUGUAAUUUCAACUCUUUCUCUGCUAUCAAACAAAUCCAAGGCCUUAAACAUGUUGGAUGUUUCGCUACCUCAAGUGAACCUGAUAAUAUGGACACGAAUGCUCAACAAAAAGUCCCUCCUAGGACUAGGAAAAUGAAGAAAUCCAAAGCCUUAGAAGGUUUAGGUAUAGAAUCUAGUAAAAAAAAUCCCACUACAAUUCCUAAGAAGCCCAGACGUGGUCGUAGGAGUGAAUCAGCUGCAGUUGUGGAUUUCGUGCGGGAUUCUCUUGAACGUACCUUUGCAACUAUAAGGGAGAAAAAUCCAGAUAUCAUGAAAGGCAAAGGAAACAUCUUGAAAGACCGCAUGGCUGAAAUUCAUGACGUCGAUUGUAGUAGUGGUGACAGUGACGAGGAAGGCGCUGAUGGCGAAACGAAAGAAAAGGAGAUGGUGGUUGAGGAAGAGGACCCAGAUUGGCCUCUGGAUGCAGAUGUGGGUUGGGGAGUUCGAGCAUCAGAAUAUUUUGAGAGACAUCCGAUAAGAAACAUUGUUGGGGAAGAUGGUGCUGAGAUUAAUUGGGAAGGAGAACUUGAUGAUUGCUUGGUGAAAGAAAUCAAUUGUCUUGAGUGGGAAAGUUUUGCUUUUCAUCCUAGCCCUCUGAUUGUUCUUGUUUUUGAGAGAUACAAAAGUGCCAGUAAGAACUGGAUAGCUCUCAAGGAACUAGAGAAAGCUGCUAAGGUGUACUGGAUGGCCAAGGAUCGAUUGCCUCCUCGGACAGUCAAGAUAGACAUCAAUAUUGAAAGGGACUUGGCCUAUGCUCUAGAUGUUAAAGAAUGCCCCCAAAUAUUGUUUUUGCGAGGAAACAAGAUUGUACACCGGGAAAAAGAGAUGCGAACAGGAGAUGAGCUGGUUCAGAUGAUUGCACAUAUUUACUACAAUGCCAAAAGGCCUGCAUGUUUUAACAACUAGAAAUAAAAUAUGGUGAUGAUAUAUUUGGAAUUUCAUCUCAUGCAUGUGAGGUCGGACAAGUGUCUUAUAGAGCAUCAAGAAUGUAUUGAUAGGAAUGCACAAUUAUUUGUUUCUUGGGGAUGGGAGUGUAAUAGACUAAUAGCUGUUGAGUCAGCUGUUUGAGUAACCAUGUACAUAUUAUACUAUGAUCAAUGUUCGAAAUUGCUACGAGCCGAUUAUGGGGUAUUGCAUAAGCCUCAUGACGCAUUGCGCCGUAAAGAUGAGGCGUAAAUCUUAUUUUUUUUGUGUGUAUAUAUUUUUUGAAAUAAUGAGAAGUAAAUAUUAAUCCCAAA